AUGGCUGAGUGUCACGGGUCCCUGGGUGGCUUCAGCAUCAUCUUUGACGUCUUUGAAGGCGUGGGUAAGAUGUUCAAGUCUUUGGACCUGUCGCUGAUCGUGGAGUUCAUGCUGAUGUUUUACAAAGACAAGCCCAUCGACUGGCUGCUGGACCACAUCAUGUGGGUCAAAGUGUGCAAUCCAGAGAAGGAUGCGAAACACUGUGACAGACAGAAAGCUAACCUGAGGAUCCGCUUCAAGCCGUCUCUCUUCCAACACGUCGGCACACACUCAUCCCUCGCUGGAAAAAUACAGAAACUCAAGGAUAAGGACUUCGGGAAACAGACCCUCCAUAAGGGUCACGCCAACCCGCUGGCGGAGGUGACGACCAGCCUGAAGACCUACCAGCACUUCACCUUGGAGAAGGCCUACCUGGGAGAGGACUUCUUCUGGGCCUUCACACCCGUCGCAGGGGACUUCAUACGGAUACGAUUCUUCACACCCGUCCGCAUAGAGAGGUAUUUCUUUCGGAGCGGAAACAUCGAGCAUCCGGGAGACAAACUCUUCAACACAUCAGUGGAGGUUCUGCCGUUCGACAAUAUCCAGGCGGAGAAAGAGGCCUUGACAGAAGGGAGGGAGAAAACGCCAAAGUACCACCGGACAGAAGACGGAUUCAUCAGAAUAGGAAACUUCCAGAACGGCAUCGCAGAGGGAGAGGUUGACCCCACCUUUGGGCCCCUGGAGGCGAUGCGUCUCUCUGUGAUUACGGACUCACCGGUUUGGGUGAUCCUCAGCGAGAUCUUCAUAAAGAAAGCAGAGUGAAGCUCCGCCCCCUCAGUGAUACCUCAGCUCCUCCGAGCGUUCAGCCGAGCCCACCAGAGGCUCGCCAGCUGCCGUCCUGCUCACCAGAAACCCACCGCGGUGCCACAGCGCCCUCGUCUGGCCGGACCUGGUUACUGCAGGGCUGAACAGAGACCUGAACACACAGCUCUGACAGACUGACUGACGAUGCUGUAUUAACCCUGAGGAGUCUGUAUUUAUGUGUACAUACAGUUAGUUAAUGUUGAAACACUGGUGAUAGCGACUCAUCACUUCUGCUGAUGAAACUGCUGCUUCUAAAGACUCAAAGGCCUCUUUCUCUCCGGACCUUUCUACCAACACCGCCCCACCAGGAACCCCACCAGGAACCCCACCAGGAACCCCACCAGGAACCCCACCAGGAACCCCACCAGGAACCCCACCAGGAACCCCACCAGGAACCCCACCAGGAACCCCACCAGGAACCCCACGGUCUCCCACAGUAUACGUGCUUAUACGCAUAGAGCUGUAUACACACACGUCAUAUGAAUGCCCUCUCAGUGUGUGUGUGUGUGUGUGUGUGUGUGUGUGUGUGUGUGUGUCUGUAGUCGCUGCUCGGGGUUCGCCCAUCAGAGAGCGGUUUGCCUUAAAGAAGAAGAAGAAGAAGAAGAAGAAGAAGAAGAGCGGAGUUACUUCAAACGAGCCCUGAAACACUGCAACAUGUAGCGACAACAGUACCCACAAUCCUUUGCUGCGACCUCGGACCUUCUCACGUCUUUGUGGCUUGAAACUACUGAUGACAGCUGUUUUACUUUUUUAAUGAAGUCUUUUAAGGAUGUUUUAUUUGAGUUUACUGAGGCCUUUUAAUGACACCUGCUCUGUUAGAAUCUACAGUACUCUGAUUACACUCUGCAAAGUACUGAUACUUUACAGUACUAUGAUGUUCUUUACAGUACUCUAAUGUUCUGCACAGUACUCUAAUGUUCUUUACAGUACUAAGAUGUUCUUUACAGUACUCUAAUGUUCUGCACAGUACUCUAAUGUUCUUCACAGUACUCCAAUGUUCUUUACAGUACUCUAAUGUUCUUUACAGUACUCUAAUGUUCUUCACAGUACUCUUAUGUUCUUUACAGUACUCUAAUCUUCUUUACAGUACUAUGAUGUUCUUUACAGUACUCUAAUGUUCUGCACAGUACUCUAAUGUUCUUCACAGUACUCUAAUGUUCUUUACAGUACUCUAAUGUUCUUCACAGUACUCUAAUGUUCUUUAUAGUUCUCUAAUGUUCUGCACAGUACUGAUACUUUACAGUACUACAAUGGUCUUUACAGUACUCUAAUGUUCUUCACAGUACUCUAAUGUUCUUUACAGUACUCUAAUGUUCUUUACAGUACUCUAAUGUUCUUCACAGUACUCUAAUGUUCUUUAUAGUACUCUCAUGUUCUGCACAGUACUGAUACUUUACAAUACUACCAUGUUCUUUACAGUACUGAUACUUUACAGUACUCUAAUGUUCUUCACAAUACUGCUACUUUACAGUACUGCUCAGAACAUUUCAGUACUCUGAUGUUCUUCACAGAUCUGCUACUUUACACUACUAAAAUGUUCUUUACAGUACUGCUCAGUACUUUACAGUACUCUGAUGUUCUUUACAGUGCUGCUUCUUGAAAGUACUACUGUUUUCUUUACAGUACUCCAAUUACAUACACUUCACAGUACUCUAAUGUUCUUUACAGUACAAUGAUGUUCAUUACACGACAACACUCUGAUGUUGUUGUUCAGAGUACUCGGAUGUUCUUUACAGUACUCUGAUCACACGCUCUUGGCAGUACUAUCAGUACUUUGCAGUACUACAAUGUUCUUUACAGUACUUAUCAUUAUUUUACUGUACUCUAAUGUCUUCAGAGUACUUCAGAGUGUUCUUUACAGCACUAUGGUGUUCUUUAGAGUACUCUCAUGAUCUUUACAGUACUCUGCGGUGAACUCUGAAGUACUUUAUUUGCUCUAAUGUAAUUUACAGUGCUUCAUUGUAUCUACUCUACUGUUCUUUAAAGAACAUGAGAGUACUUUAAUGUACUUCACAGUACUCUGACGUUCUUCACAGUACUGCUACUAUACAAUACUACGAGGUUUUUACAGCACUCAAAUGUUAUUUACAGUACUUCAGUUACACACAGUUCACAGUACUGCUACUUUACAUUACUCUAAUGUUCUUUACAGUACAUUACAGUUUUCUAAAUUUAUACUUUAAGAUACUUUGAGUGACUUUCGACCACCUCCUUGUGCUGAGGUACUCUGAUGUACUCUGUAGAACAGCACAAUUAACUUUGCAGUACUCUUACAUACUCUGCAGUACUCUAAUGUGCUUUAGAAUACUUCACAGUACUCUGUCAUUUACAGUGCUUUAGUGUCUGUAAUCUGAUUUCCUCUGAUGUUCUUUACUCAGAUACUUCUUUGCAGUUUUCUGAUUUAUGCAGUAGUACUUCAUAGUAUGUGUACUCUACAGCUCUGUAGUGUAAAUGAACUUAAGAGUACUCUUAUUUACAUUACAGAACUGUGCUGUACUCUGGUGUACUUCACAGUACUGUGGUGUUCUUCUCUAAUCCGCUCUGUAGUACUUUCAAACUCCUGGAUUUACCUUGCAGCACUUUAACGUACUUCAUAGUACUCUGAUGUAUUUUACUUUACUUCACAGAGGCGUAAUUUACAGUAAACUUUACAGUAUUCCACUCUGCAGUAGUCAGAUGUACUUUAAUGUACUCGGCAGUACUCUAGUUUCCUCUGUAGUACUUUACAGUACUGUAGUUUUCAGUCCAGUGCAAAAAGAGAUUCAAGUCUUUGUUUUCACGUUCAGUCACGUUUAAUAAAAACGGAAAACUUGGACCGAUACUUUAAUUUUCUGUGAAGUCGCUGUCUUUAUUUUCUCACUGCUGGCUUCAGUUUCACAGGAGACGCUUUUUGAUCAAUUGCUCCUUUGCAUUAUUUGUCCUCUAAAUCCAUUAAUAAGUAAUGUGGUUUACAAAGCGUGAGUUUAAUAAACUUUUACAUUUUAUAUGUAGAGUCAUCUCUUGCAGAUUCAACGAGCUCCAAACUGAUGAUCUUUAAAAAUCCAGACUACAUUUUAAGAUGACCUUUUUAUAAUUCAAAGAAACAGGAGAACAAACUUAGGGGAGCAAUUUAGCAAAAUAAGACUCGUCCCUCCUGUCCGGACCAUCAUGCAUUCAUUCAUGCAUUCAUUCAUGCAUUCAUCCAUUCAUUCAUUCAUUCGUUCAUGUAACAGGCAACAGAACUUUACUCUCUCAGAUCUGAAGUGAACUUAGCGUCUUCAAGCUUCAGGAAACAUCACAACCUUUCUUUGUAAGAUGCACUGGAAUGCAUUGCUAUAAUCUUGUGUUUGUCUUUUGUAUCCUUUAGAUAAACUCUAUUUAAAUGAUCUUUAACUUCUAUCAAUCUGUGAAUUGUAAUAAAGACAGAAAUGAAAAUGA